AUGGAGGCCUGGGACGAGCGCGCGGUGCGGGAGCGGCUGCGGUGCGCGGGCCAGGAGCACCUGCUGCGCUUCUGCGCCGACUUGGCGCCGGGACCCCGCGCCGCGCUGCUGGCCGAGCUGGGCCCGUUGGAGCCCGACGUGCUGCGCGAGCACUGCCGGCGAGCAGCCGCCGCGCACGGGCGACCCUCGGGGCCCGGGCCCGACCUGGCCGCGCGUCUGCAGCCGCUGCCCCCCGAUCGCCUGGGCAGCGCCACCCGCUGCCACCCCGACACGAGGCGGCGCUGGGAGGAGGAAGGUCUUCACCAGAUCGCCCUGGGCAAGGUGGCCGUCCUUCUCCUGGCUGGUGGGCAGGGCACGCGACUGGGCGUGCCUUACCCCAAGGGCAUGUACCAGGUGGGGCUGCCCAGCCAGAAGAGCCUGUACAGCUGCAGGCCGAGAGGAUCCGGGGGUGCAGCAGUUGCUGGCGAGCGCUUCGGGACACGCUGCAUCGUGCCAUGGUACAUCAUGACCAGUGAGUUCACACUGGAACCCACCGCCAAGUUCUUCCAGGAGCACGACUUCUUCCACCUGGACCCCGCCAAUGUGGUCAUGUUUGAGCAGCGCAUGCUGCCCGCUGUGACUUUCGAUGGCAGGGCCAUCCUGGAGCGGAAGGACAAGGUCGCCAUGGCACCAGAUGGCAACGGUGGCCUGUACUGUGCGCUGGCGGACCACCAGAUCCUGGAGGACAUGGAGCAACGUGGGGUAGAGUUUGUGCACGUCUACUGCGUGGACAACAUCCUGGUGCGGCUGCCCGACCCACUCUUCAUUGGCUUCUGCGUGUGCCAGGGCUCAGACUGUGGCACCAAGGUGGUGGAGAAGGCGUAUCCCGAGGAGCCCGUAGGUGUGGUGUGCCAGGUGGAUGGUGUGCCCCAGGUGGUGGAGUACAACGAAAUGGACCCCGAGACCGUGCAACUGCGGGCUCCCAGCGGGGCCCUGCUCUUCAGUGCAGGCAACAUCUGCAACCACUUCUUCACCAGGGCCUUCCUCCGGAGGGUCACCAGCGAGUACGAGCCCCUGCUGCAACCGCAUGUGGCCGUGAAGAAGGUCCCAUAUGUGGACGAGGAGGGGAACUCCGUCACACCGAAGGCUCCGAACGGGAUCAAGAUGGAGAAGUUUGUGUUUGACGUCUUCCCAUUUGCCAAGAACUUCGUAGCCUUUGAGGUGCCACGGGAGGAGGAGUUCUCUCCGCUGAAGAACGGAGACUUGGCGGCCAGGGACUCCCCCACCACAGCCCGACAGGCCUUGCUCUGGCAGCACUACCGCUGGGCCGUGCAGGCUGGGGCCCGCUUCCUCAAUAUAAAUGGGGUCCUGCUCCCGGAUCAACCGCCCAGCCUGCCUGACCAAGGGGAGCCACCUGCUGUCUGUGAGAUCUCCCCAUUGGUGUCCUGCUUUGGAGAGGGACUGGAGGAGUACCUGCGAGGGCGUGAAUUCCAGACCCCGCUCCUCCUGGAUGAGAAGGAAGCCAGGGCCCUGCACCCGUGACCAGCUGCUUGCUCCAGAUACAGGAUGCAGGACCGCUUCCUCCCGGACCAAGGACAGGCCCCUUCUUGGCAGCUGCACUGGCUAACAUGACACGGGCUGUCCUGAGGUCCAUAACCCACACCCCAGACGCUGGUU